AUGAUUACUUACUUUUUCCUUUUGGUCCUCCUCCACCUGCUAUUAUCCCCCCUCCCCCUCAUCGCCGCAACCCCCCUCCUCCCACCCCGCUCACCACCACCAACCCUCUCCUUCAACCCAAUCUCCCCCCCGAUCCUCAUCCACCCGAACGCCGUCUACCCCCGCGCCACCACCCUCUUCAACCUCUCCUCCCCCACCCCCGACAGCCCCCUACUCCUAACAUCCUACACCACCCACCACUCAAACGGCCUCAAAACCCUCUCCGCCAGCACCUCCAGCCAUCAUCCACCCCAAACCUGGACCUUCCUCUCCCACAUCUGGACAGCCAACGCGUCGACCCACGAAAUCGACAACCCCUUCGCCCUGCAGCUCCCCAACGGAAACAUGCUCUACGCCUUCCGCAACCACGACAUCGACCCGCUAACAAGAAAAUACACCUACUACCGCAUCACGCUGUGCGUCUCCACCGACUUUGGAAGAACAUGGGAGUUUCUCUCCCACGCCUCUGAGCGCGCAGCGAAGAAAGAAAAUAACGGGUUGUGGGAGCCGUUUUUGAGGGUGGAUGGGAGGGGGAGGGUGCAGGUUUACUAUAGCAGUGAGAGGGGGGUCAACAGGCAGGAUAACAUGCUCAGGGUGAGUGGCGAUGGUGGGCGGACUUGGGGGGAGGAGGUUUUGGUGUCGAGGGCGGGGGAGGGAAAAGAAUCGAGGGAUGGGAUGGUGGGGGUUGCUGAGGUUGGGGGGGAGGAAGAGGGGAGGUUGGUUUGUGUUUUUGAGACCACUACCGAGGAGGAGGGGGGGAGGAGGUUUGCGGUGGGUUUGGUGGAGAGUUUUGAUGAUGGGGAGACAUGGGGGCAGGGCACGAGGAGGAGGGUUUAUACGGCAAGGAAGGGGAAGGAUGCUGGUGCGCCGCAGGUCGUGAGCGUGGGCGGGGUUUUGGUGGUGAGCUUUAUGACGAAUGAGGGGGUGAGUGAGUCGGAAGGCGGGGAGGGAGUGGAUGGGGGGGAGAUGAAGAUUGUUUUGAGCAGGGAUGGGGGUAGGAGAUGGGAGGGGGUAGGAGAUGGGAAUGGAGAAGGGGAGAGGGCGGCGGUGGCUGCGGGGAGGGGGAGCCAUUGGCCGGGGUUGUUCAGGUUGGAUGAUAGGAGGUUUUUGGGCCUGUAUUCGGCUAAUGGGGUAGGGGCUGUGAGCAGGGUUUUUGAGAUUAAAGGCUGA